GAUGAGGAAGGGGAGGCCAACAUGAAGCCUGUCAUAACUCCUUCAUCAUCCACUGAAAGUGUGAACAAGGUGCCUGUGGUGAAGGCCAAGGCCACUCACAUCAUCAUGAACUCCCUCAUCACAAAGCAGACUCAGGAGAGCAUCCAGCGCUUUGAGCAGCAGGCAGGGCUGAGGGAAGCUGGCUACACACCCCACAAAGGCCUCACCACUGAGGAGACCAAGUACCACCGGGUGGCUGAGGCAGUCCAUAACCUAAAAAUGCAGAAUGGAGACACAACAAAAGAUGACAAACAGAAUUCUUCUGCUCAGUCCACUCCAAGCAGCACCCCCCACUCCUCCCCCAGGCACAGAAACAGGGGUUGGUUUAGUCAGGGAUCCUCUACUUCUAUCACUGGCUCAGACUUUGCUAUGGAAGGUGGUGGGGACAGAUCUGAGAGAUGGAGCUUUUUUGGACCCAGAGCUGUCCAGAAAUCAGUCAGUGAUGCAGGAGGAUUUACCAUUCAGUCCUAUAAGGGUGCCCAGAAGCCCUCCCCAAUGGAGCUGAUGCGUGCUCAGGCUACAAGGAUGACAGAGGAUCCAGGCACCUUCAAGCCACCCAAAAUGGACAUUCCAGGCACAGAUGGGAGGAAACAAUCUCCACGUUCCCACAAUAUCAAACCUCGGGAUCUGAACGUGCUCACUCCCACUGGGUUCUAGAGGAAAGCUUCCAGUGUCUUUAGCAGGCUACAGGGUGUCUUAGGCUCUGCUUCCCUGUCCUGUGUGCUGCACUAAAGUAGGAAAGGCUCCUUUUCCAGCUCUUCAUCUCAGAAAAAGAAACAGUCCUGAUUGUCCUGCUAAAGCCAGUCUUGGAAAAACUCUUGCACUAUCCUAAGCCAAUGUAAACCGUCCUGUCUGCUGCACUGCACUGGUUUGGGCUGCCAGUGCUUCCCAGUACACCCCACCACAGUGAAACCCUGAGCCUGUUUAUUUUGGACAGGUUUCCAUGUGGUGUGUGAGCACCUGGCUUUAUGCCUGGAAUCUGAUUGUCUUGUCCUGCUCAGUGCUGAAGGACCCACAGGAGGACUGGUUCUGUCAAGAGAUCAAGCAGAAAGCAAUGUGAACAAGCAGGGACUGAAAACUGGACCAUCAACUGCCAGAAGGAAGAUGGGGGGUGUGGUAGGUCAGUAUAAAUGUGGCACUCCCUCACUAUCCAGUGUGACCACGUUUUUUGUUCUUGGAGUGUUUUUUAAAGGGAAAAGGGACUAGUGACUAUUCUAAGAUGCUCUCAUUGGAAAGGCAGAGAGCAGAAUCUAAUGGAGCUUUGAAGUAAUGAGGAAGAAUUAAUUUUCUUCCAACUCUUCAUGUUUCUCUAAGAAGGUGGAAGUAAUCAAAGCUGGUGUGGUUUGAAGCAAGUAAUCCUCUCUUUGUUCUGCAAAACAGCCCUAUCCUGUGUCCUAGACAGCAGAUUUGCACGUGUUCUGGCACUCUGGAUGCUGCUUGAUUUGUUUUUGUUGGUUUGGUUUUUCCUCCUGGAAUUGUAUAGAAUGUAUUAGACACUGGGAACACUUUUCAGACAGGGUAUUGUGUUUUAUCAGCAUUAAGUGUGUUCUGCAGGGCUGGGGAAGGACUGAGGGCAGACCAAGGCUGAACAUUCCUCCCUGCUAAGGUCCAGCUGGAUGUGAUCCCUAACCUAGUCUGAACCAGUUCCUGGGAACAGCUAACACCAGCUUUCAGGGCAAGUGGAAGGACCUCCUGCCUACCAUCUAAUCCCUUAAGCAUGAUAGGCAGCAUUGCUCUGCAAUCCUCACCUGUGCUGUGGCAAAUGGAUCUGCUCUUGGUCUCACCAUGGUGUUGCAGAGUCCCUCCGCCAGCAGCAGCCUUGCAUCUGGAGGUGGAAGCUUCUCUGUUGCCAGGACAUUCUACAGAAGUUCCUUAACAGCUGGUAACUGUUGAGCUCUGGAGAUUCUCACUUAAACCAAACACUCUCCCUGAGGCUGCCUUGGCUGGCUGCUGGCCCCUCUGAGCAGCACAUUUUGUAGCACUGCUUUCUCUCGAGCUUCAGCAGCACUGCCAGUGAUGUGUUGUGUGAAAGUUCCCCACCAAACCAGCAGUUCUGUCACCACUCAUUUGCACCUUGGCAAUCAGGCUCUCAUUUGACAUUAAUUUAUUUGUUGACUGUAUUCAUGUCUCCUAAUGUGUAUGUUUGUUUUGUUUGUUACAGGACAAUAAAAUCCUUGUGGAAUGGA